AUGAGUCGCGAUGAUCUACUAGCUAAAACAUUGAAAGAGAAAAUAAGAGAAUAUGAAUCAAAAGGUUUUAUACGAAAGUUGAGCCCUAAGGAAGUCGCUGAGAAGCACCCACGGAAGUGGUAUUUACCGAUUUUUCCGGUUAUGAAUCCUAACAAGCCCGGUAAGGUUCGGAUAGUAUGGGAUGCCGCUGCCAGAGUAGGCGGACUUUCAUUAAAUUCUGUCCUGCUAACUGGACCAGACCAGCUUGCAUCUUUGCCAUCUGUAUUAUACAGGUUCCGAGAGUAUCGCUGCGCUAUAGCAGCCGACAUACGAGAGAUGUUCCAUCAAGUAGAGAUCAAUGAAGACGAUCAACAAAGCCAGCGGUUUCUGUGGAGAGAUGGGGAUUCAAGGAGGUCUCCUGAUGUGUACAUUAUGAAGGUGAUGACCUUCGGAGCCACAUGCUCGCCUAGUUGCGCUCAAUUUGUGAAAAACACCAAUGCUGCACGUUUCCAGCAACAGUUUCCACGAGCCGUAGCUUGUAUACAGAAAGAUCACUACGUUGAUGAUCUUCUGACUAGUGAAGAGAACGAAGACGAAGCUAUACAACUGGCCUCAGACGUACGGUUUAUCCACGCACAAGGAGGUUUUGAGCUCCAUAAUUGGCUAUCUAAUUCAAAUAAGCUGCUAGAAACGGUCAGCGAGGCAGGCGCUGUCGAGAAAGAUUUAAAUCUCAGCUCCGAAAUGGCAACGGAAAAAGUCUUGGGCAUGUGGUGGAGUAUUUCGUCGGAUACGUUUACGUUCAAACUUUCACCAAAACAUGAUAGAGAACUACUUAGCGGACAGAAGACUCCGACAAAGCGCGAACUCUUAAAAACACUCAUGAGGAUUUACGAUCCCUUGGGAUUGAUGGCUGGUUUCUUAAUGUUCCUUAAAAUUCUUCUUCAAGAGGUGUGGCGUGCAAAAACAGAUUGGGACGCAAAAAUACCGCCAGGGCUGGCAGACAAAUGGAUGGAGUGGUUAAAAGUUUUGCCGCAAGCUGAGAGGCUAAGCAUUCCCCGUUGCUAUCGACAAACUACGACAGCAGCAGAGGAUACCGUUGCUCAAUUGCAUAUUUUCGUCGAUGCAGGACGGGCCGGACUGGUCGCCGUGGCAUAUCUGAGAUUCGAGCAGGCGGGUACAAUAGAAUGUGCCCUAGUAGGAGCGAAAUCUAGAGUUGCCCCCUUGAAAUAUGUGUCGGUUCCGCGUCUUGAGCUGCAAGCCGCUGUGAUCGGAACACGCAUGGCUGCUAGCAUUGCCGCAGUGCACCGCGUGAAGAUAUCUGAGAGAUACUUCUGGACGGAUUCUCGGGACGUUAUUUGCUGGAUCAUAUCCGACCACCGACGAUAUUCUACAUAUGUUGCACACAGGGUUGGUGAAAUAUUAGAAGCCACUGAGCCAGCCGAGUGGAAUUGGAUUUCAACACGCUUAAAUCCAGCGGAUGAAGGCACAAAGUGGCAGAAAAUACCCGACCUUACCGCAUCCGGUCGUUGGUUCACCGGGCCUGAUUUUCUCAAAGAACCAAAAAAUCAAUGGCCGGUGAAUAAGGAGAAUGUUGGAACAACCGAUGAAGAGAUUUUAUCAAAUGUGCUUCACCAUUAUGAGUACAUACCCAUAAUACGUUUCGAGCGAUUUUCUAGAUGGAAGCGCCUUCACAGAGCUGUGGCAUAUGUAUUACGGUAUCUGUCCUAUCGACGCAGAAAAGUUCGUUCCCCACCAAGUGCUAUACCGUUCACCCAGGAAGAAUUACAGCAGUCAGAAUGGUGUAUAUACCGUCAGGUGCAAAAGGAAGCUUUCUCCGAAGAAUAUAACCUUUUAAUCAACCGCAACGCACCAGAAACUAAAAGUAUAUUGGCAAAAUCCAGUAAGCUCUACAAAUUAAGUCCGUUCGUUGACCAUGCUGGAGUCUUAAGGAUGAACAGCCGCAUUAAAUCGUGCCAGUUUAUUGCAGAUUCGGUCAAAUAUCCUAUCUUACUACCCAAACGGCACUAUUUGACAGACCUAAUAAUAGCUGAUUACCACUGUGAAUAUAAACACCUAAAUCAUGAGACAGUGAUAAAUGAAAUUCGUCUCAAAUUUCAUAUUCCGCAGCUUCGCGCAGCAUGCAAACGUGUCAGAUACAAUUGCCAAAUGUGCAAGAUACAAAGAGCUAAACCAACACCUCCUAUGAUGGCGGAGCUUCCGGUGGCGCGAAUGGCUGCAUUCACUCGUCCGUUUUCGUAUACUGGUGUAGACUAUUUUGGACCAAUGUCAGUAGUAGUCGGAAGAAGAACAGAGAAACGUUGGGGUGUUCUAAUGACCUGUUUAACAGUUAGAGCUAUUCACAUCGAAAUCGCACAUUCUCUUUCCACCGACUCGUGUAUCCUAGCCCUAAGAAAUUUUGUGGCCAGGAGAGGGGCACCAAUUGAAAUCUUCAGUGAUCGCGGUACAAAUUUUAUUGGGGCAGGACGUAUUCUACGAGACGAGCUGCAAAAAGUGGACCAAAAUAAAAUGAUGGAGCACUUUGUAAGUCCGAAUACCAAAUGGACGUAUAACCCCCCCGCUGCUCCACACUUUGGGGGAAGCUGGGAGCGAUUAAUCCAAUCGGUUAAAAAGAUCCUGGACCAAAUAAAGCCAAGGCAACUUCCGACUGAUGAGCUACUAAGAAACAUGCUGUCUGAAGUCGAAAUGAUAAUUAAUUCAAGACCGCUUACGGACGUACCGAUAGACGCAGAUUCUUCGUUUCCCCUAACACCGAAUCACUUCAUCCUAGGGUCUUCCAAUGGUGCCAAACCCCCGAUCGCAUUUAAUAACAAUACAGUUUUGUUAAACAACUCGUGGAAGGCGUCGCAAGCCUACGCAGAUGAAAUCUGGAGACGUUUUAUCACGGAGUAUUUGCCAACACUCACGCGAAGAUCAAAGUGGUUUCAACAGACGCGACCAAUACAGGUAGGCGAUGUUGCCGUCAUCGUAGACAACCGCCUUCCAAGGAAUUGUUGGCCGAAGGGACGAGUUAUAGAGAUCGUCCGUUCUAAGGAUCGACAAGUACGGCGAGUAACAUUGCAAACAUCCCAAGGAAGAUUGGAGAGACCUGCAGUGAACAUCGCAAUACUGGACGUCGGUUCCAGUUCGAGUAAGUCGGACCAAGGCCACGACGUACUGGGGGGGAAUGUCACCCUGUCUGUGACGAACCAACAUUCAGCGAGUUCCCCUGGUGCUACCAAUUCACAAUAG